AUGACCAAUCUCCUCACCAUCCUCCCUCACUUUGACGUCGCUCCCUUCUCGCACAUCCUUCCCUCGCUCGAGAAGGCAUCCGUCUCGACGGCAGACCUGCUCACCCUCGACGCGCUUCAUGUCGCAAAGCGCGCCCAGGUGCCUCCCGCAGAGGUGAAGAAGCUUGCCGACGCGUUGCUGGAUGCGCUACAUCAGAGCGCAGGGUUUGCGCGAUCCGAAAGCAACGGAGCAUUGAGUGAAGGCGACGCCGUUGGACUCCGCACUCGUCUCGUGGACAAAGCGGCCCCUAUAAGCACUCUGGACGACUCGCUUGACGCUGCGCUAGGAGGCGGUGUUCCAUUUGGUCAUCUCACCGAGAUUGUAGGCGAGAGGUGAGCGGGUUCUUGUCUCCCAAAUUGCACAUGUAAGUCCAUCUAACUCUCCUAGUGCUGCUGGCAAGACACAGGUUCUCUUGACUCUCCUUCUUUCAGCCCAGUUGCACGGAAAGGAACAGCCGAGAUCUGCGCUAUACAUCUCCACUGAAGCUCCUCUACAGACUACUCGUCUGGCACAGAUCUUGAACACGAACCCCAAGUUCGCCCGUCUGCCAGCCGAAGAUCGACCCUCCUUGAGUCGGGUACACAGCACUCAUAUCCACGAUGUCGAGGCCCAAGAGCAUAUCCUGCGCUUCCAAGUGCCAGUCGCUAUAUCGAAGCACAACAUUGGUAUUUUGAUCAUCGACAGUAUAGCUGCCAACUAUCGCGCGGAGUUCGACAAGGGAGGCAAGGCCAAGAAGAGUUCUGAGGCUCUCGCCAAACGCAGUACUCAGUUGGCGCAGACCGGCGCACUUCUUCGCAAUCUAGCACGCACGCACAAGAUCGCGGUUGUCGUGGCGAACCAGGUCGCUGAUCGGUUCACCACCAUGGAGCCUACGUUCCCAGGUCCGAGCCAGUCGAUGCAGGGAACGAAAAGGCCUGCAUCGCCAACCCAGUCAAUGGCCAUGCCACCAAAGUCAUCUCUGCCACAAACCGGUCCAUCUGUACUCUCAACGGAUGAUCCACUAUCUCUCGACCACCAACAACGCUUCUUCACAGGAUGGGGAGACGACCCAGCAAUCACAAAUCUCAAGACCCCAAGCCUCGGACUUGCUUGGACGAACCAGCUGUCUUCCCGCAUUGCCCUGCUCAAAGACCCUAUAUAUGAGGUCAAAGCUUACUAUCCCGGAGAUGAACGGAAUCUGAUCGGGUGGAAACGAACGUUCAAGGUGGUCUUCAGCGCAUGGUGCGCCGAGAGUACGACCGAUUUCGAGAUAUGGGAGGGAGGCAUUCGAAGUGCGAAAGAUGACCCUUCUAACGAAUAA